UUGUACUUUUAAAGAAGUCACCUUAUUGAUGCUUUCUUUUUAUUAGAAAUAGUGAUUGGUUAAAUACAUUGAUUUAUCUAUACUAUAGAUAUCGAUCAAACUAUACUUUAAAAAAAAAAAAAAGAAUUUAGUCAAUGACAUCAUACGAAUAUUCUUUACGUCACUUUAUUCCUUGCAUUGAAGUGUGAAGUGAUUCCUAGUGACAGCGUCCAUUUGAAAUAUGUCUAUAUAAGAUUCUCUGUGGUGCAUAUUGCAAAUAUAAUUUCAACAUUUAAUUAUAUUUAAAAAAAUGGAGACUAUUAUACAACAAAAAGUAAUUGAAGUUGCAAAUACUGUUGAGAAACAAUUAGAUGCAGAAUUAGAGAGGCUGGAUAAUUUGGAUAUUAAUGAUAUCGAAAAACUAAGAGAAAAUCGUUUGCAAGAACUUAAAAAAUUACAAAAACAGAAACAAGACUGGCUUUCUUUGGGUCAUGGAGAAUAUACAGAAAUACCAGACGAAAAGGAAUUCUUUGAAAUUUCCAAGAAAUCUCAGAAUAUUGUUUGCUUAUUCUAUAAAGAUGAUUCACCAAGAUGUAAAAUUGUAGAUCAUCAUUUUAAAAUACUAGCUAACAAGCAUUUGGAAGCAAAAUUUUGUAAAUUGAAUGUUGAACGCUGUCCAUUUCUUACUGAACGUUUGCGCAUAAAAAUCAUUCCUACGAUAGCGCUUAUAGUAAAUGGGAAAACAAAAGACUACAUUGUUGGUUUUACUCAGUUGGGUAAUUGUGAUGAUUUUUCUACUGAAAUAUUAGAAGGCCGAAUUGCCCAAUCUGGUGCUAUUAAUUGUAAUGAUGAUUUUAUACAUUCUUCUAACAAUACUAAAAAGCCAUGGUUGUCUCAUAUAGUAAAAUCUAAAACUAUUAAAGGACAUGAAUCUGAUGAUUCUGAUGAUGAUUAAACUUAUGAUCACUAUUAAUACAUAUAUUUUUAUUUACAUCAAUAAUCUUAAUGUUUAUAUUUUUCAAAUGCUUAAUGUAUGCUAUAGUAAAAAUGUUUGAUUAUUUUCAAUCGAAAUCUUAAAUAAAAAUAUUUGAUACA